AUCGUUCAAUCCAAUUAAACCAUCCUGUCUGUCUUGUUUUUUUUUGCUGAAGUGUAAUUUUCCGUAAAUAUGUGAAUCAAAUGCCGAACAAUUCUCUUCAAUCAAAUCAUAUCUCUCUUUCACUUUCUCUACCACCCAUUCUUUUCCUUUGUUUUUCUCUUCAAAAUCAAAAACUCUGGGCUAACCGCAAAACAAAACACAAAACCUUAUUAAAAACCUAAUUAUUCACAUUAUGCUUUUCUCCUCUAAAUUUCUCCUCCUUCUUUUCUUUCUCUCCUUUUUCUUUCUCUCCACCUCUUCUUCCUUACGUAUUCCAGAUGGUGUUGAGGUUGAUGGUGAGAGAAACCCUAACGAGGUGUUACAAUGGAAAACGAGGAGAUCUAUGGAAGAAGAUGCUGUUUUACCAAACGCGUCUUUAAUAUUGGCUCAAAAAAGGACUACAAGAAAAGACCCUCUUGAUCAUUUUAAUCGUUACAAUGGUGGUUGGAAUAUCAGCGAUGAACAUUACCUUGCUUCUGUUGUUUUUACUGCAGUUCCAUUCUUUGUUGUGGCCGCUGUUUGGUUUGUGAUUUUUGGGCUUACUCUAUCCUUCAUAUGUUUGUGUUAUUGCUGUUGUCCUAAAGAGCCUUAUGGCUAUUCGCGUGUGGCCUAUGCUUUGUCCUUGAUCCUCCUCAUUCUCUUCACCCUUCUAGCAAUAGCUGGAUGCAUUGUACUUUACACUGCUCAAGGGAAGUUUCAUGGAAGCACCACAACCACACUGAAAUACGUGGUGAGUCAGGCUGACUUCACCGCGGAAAACCUCAGGAACGUGUCAGAUUAUCUCGAUGCAGCCAAGAAUAUUGGAGUCGAUGCUGUUUUUUUGCCAUCUGAUGUUCAGACGAACAUAGAUACCAUAAAAACAAAGAUUAAUUCGUCUGCCGUGGAACUAUCCACCAAGACUCAUGAAAAUUCGGAGCAAAUAAAUGAUGGCUUAGAUAAAAUGAGAUUGGCUCUGGUUAUUCUUGCUGCUGUUAUGCUUUUUCUCGCAUUUGUUGGAUUUGUAUUUUCGAUAUUUGGGCUGCAAGGUCUUGUAUACUUUUUGGUAAUCCUCGGAUGGUUUCUUGUUACGGGCACAUUUAUACUUUGUGGUGUAUUUCUUUUUGUUCACAAUGCUGUUGGAGAUACAUGUGUUGCAAUGGAUGAGUGGGUUCAGCACCCAACUGCACAUACAGCCUUAGACGAAAUUCUUCCAUGUGUGGAUAAUGCAACUGCACAGCAAACCUUGUUACAAAGCAGGGAUGUGGCGCGUCAGCUAGUUAUAUUGGUUGACAAAAUCAUUUCCGAUGUCACUAACAGAAAUUUACCAGCUCAAGCUGGACCUGUGUAUUACAAUCAAUCAGGACCCCUCAUGCCUCCUCUCUGCAAUCCAUUUAAUCCUGACCUCACAGUGCGGCCAUGUGUACCUGGGGAAGUUCCACUGGACAAUGCUACUGAGGUUUGGAAGAAUUAUACAUGUGAGAUUUCUCCGGCAGGUCUUUGUAGAACGCCUGGUAGAAUGACCCCGACUAUUGCUUCCCAAAUGGAAGCUGCUGUGAAUGUAAGCUAUGCUUUAUAUCAUUAUGUUCCAUUCUUGGUUGAGCUACAAGACUGCACUUUUGUCCGUCAAGCAUUCACCGACAUAAGCCAGAAAUAUUGCCCCGGUUUGCGCCAUAAUAGUCGAUGGAUCUACGUUGGAUUAGUCUUGGUUUCUGCUGGUGUAAUGCUGUCCAUGAUCCUUUGGGUCAUUUAUGCAAGAGAGCGGCGGCAUCGCGUUUACACUAAACAGUUCAUUGCUGGUUAAAAUUCUAUAUAUGUUCAGACUUGAAACAUUAUCAGAUACAAAAUGAUUUCUCUUGUACAUUUGAGUUUAGAUUGUUUUUGGAGACGAGUUUGGUGUGUUAUUUUAUCUGAUGUUGAGUUAUUUAUAUCUUGCAAUUAGAUGUAUACUCUUGAGUUAACAGUAUUUGUGGAUAAAAUUUAAUUUUUGAAUUUUGAUUUAGUUUUGUUAUUGACAA